AUGGUGAAGAUCCUGGCCAUGAUGGGCACAAGCUUGGAACCUGGCACCAGUUCAACUCCUGAAUUGAAGAGCACCUCUGGAGGCACAAAUGUUUCCACAUCCACGCCUGUCCCCUCUGAGACCAAAAGCAUAGAGACAGAGCCAUCCUUCACCCUGAUUCCAGAUCAGAGGGAGACCAGCACCUCCCCGGGAACCCACUCAGUCACAGAGACAAGCACUCUCCUUUCAUACCUGCCCACUGGCACUGAUACUACUGAGGCCUUCAUAAGAGAAGACAUCUCCUCUACCAGGACAUCCAAUUCAGGCCCUGCUCAGUCCUCAAUGUUACCAUCCAUCACCACACCCUAUACCUCCCCUGUCAUCCCAGAAUCUGCAGGAAUGACCCUCACUGACCGUAUAAGUCCUUACGAGCGUACAUCAGUGAGAACACAUAACUUAGACACAUCAACUGUAGACCCCUGGGAAGUUGCACUUUCAGAUGUGGCUCAGGAUUCUGAACACUCCAAAAUGAGCACCCUCAUGAACGCAGGUGCUGGGGAUGCAUCAUGGAUCAUCCCUCACUCUGUGGAACAAACCAGCACUCCCUCUCUCCUUGAAUUUACUGCUGCCACAACCUCAGCUUCCCCUGUUUCUUCCACAUUGAAAGGCAUUCAACCCUCCUCUGCUCCUCCAUUGACUUCACUUCCCACCUCUGCUGUGCUGAAGAGUGCAGCCAUGUUGAACACAAGCUUUGGACCUGGAACCAGUUCACUUCCAGUUGUGAGCAGCAACUCUGGGAAAAUACUCCUUACUGCUGAGGCUACCACAGAUUCUCAGGCAAUUCCCCCUUCCGCAAAAGCAGCUACAACCACGGAGGUAUCUGGCUCCUCUGAGGUCACCAGGAAUGAGACAAAACUAGUGUCCUCCCAGAACUCUCAACUGAGCAAGACCAGCAGCUCACAGAAUCUGCAGGAAUGA